AUGGCAACAAUGGCUGGAGGAGAGUAUACAUCCGUUAAAGAUUUUUACAUGGGAAAAUCCAUUUUCAUCACCGGUGGUACCGGUUUUAUGGGAAAAGUUCUUGUUGAAAAGCUCCUACGAUCGUGUCCUGGAAUUAAAAAUAUUUAUCUACUUAUAAGAUCAAAAAAAGGACAGAGCGUUGAUGAAAGGCUAUCAGAGCUUUUAAAUGCACCGCUAUUUGAUAAACUCCGUCGAAAUAGUCCUCAUGAAUUGAUGAAAAUAAUUCCAAUUGCUGGUGAUGUGACAGAACCUGAGCUAGGAAUUUCAGAGGCUGAUCAAGAAAUUCUAACAAGACAGGUAUCGAUCGUAUUUCAUUCAGCAGCAACCGUUAAAUUCGAUGAAGCUCUCAAGCUUUCUGUCAUGAUUAAUAUGCUGGGCAGUGGACGAAUCGUACAUCUAUGUCAUAGAAUGAUUAAUUUAGAGGCUCUUAUUCAUGUCUCAACAGCUUAUUGUAAUUGUGAUCGUAAGGAAGUUGAUGAAGUAAUUUAUCCACCACCACAAGACCCCGAACAAGUGAUUGCUUAUACCAGGUUCAUAAAUGACAAACUAGUUGAAGAAUUGACGCCAAAGUUAAUUGAAGGUCGACCAAAUACUUACACAUUUACCAAAGCUUUAGCAGAAGCUAUGCUUCAGGGUGAGAGUGGUUCUUUACCAGUAGCUAUUGUUAGACCUUCAAUCGUCUUGUCUUCAUUGAGAGAACCAGUUGCUGGUUGGGUAGACAACCCAAAUGGUCCAACUGGAAUAAUUGCUGCCGCUGGCAAAGGGAUGUUUAGAACAAUGCUGUGUCAUACAGACAUGGUUGCAGAUCUUGUUCCUGUUGAUGUUGUGAUAAAUUUGAUGAUUUGUGCAGCAUGGAAAACUGCAACACACCGUACAGAUAAAAUUACAGUUUACAAUUGUUGUACUGGUCAACAAAAUCCGAUAACUUGGAAAGAAUUUAUUGAUUUAUCAUUUAAAUACAGUCGAAUAUAUCCAACAAAUGAUGUAAUUUGGUAUCCAGGUGGUACAUGCCAGACGUAUUCAUUCAUAAACAACAUUUAUGUGACACUUGAACACAUUUUGCCCGCCCACAUUCUUGAUUUGAUUGCUCGAAUGAAGGGUAUAGAACCAGUAAUGUUACGCCUACAAAAAAAAUUGAGCAAAGCUGCCACUUGUUUGCAAUAUUUUACGACUCAACAGUGGAACUUUAAAGACGAUAAUGUUAGAAAACUUAAUGAGCAAAUUAGUCCCGAAGAUCGACAAACAUUUAUGUUUGAUGUUAGGCAGAUUGAUUGGCCUUCCUAUUUGGAAAAUUAUAUAUUGGGAAUAAGACAGUUUAUCUUUAAAGAGAGUUUGGAUACACUGCCAGUUGCACGCUCACAAAUUAUGAGAUUAUAUUGGAUCCAAAAAAUGGUACAGUUCAGUGUAGUAAUAUUUGUCCUGCGUCUUGUUUUAUCCCGUAGUUCAGUAGCUCGAUCUGCGUGGGUGAUGCUCCUGUCCAUCGUCCUUCGCAUGUGCCGCAUGAUUGUUUGACGGCUCAGAACCAUAUACAAGUUAAUAAAAAAAACCACCCUUAAAUUGAAACAGAAGCCAAUUGAGGAGCUCAAUUUAAAAGUGCGGAUUGUCUUACGAUCUUUACAAUCAAAUAUCUUCAACGACAAUGCUCCUAUUUUUCUCCACAAUGUUGGUCUUUUUAAUGUUUGUAUGUGUUUAUAAAUUUAGCAAUCGCCAAAUGAGCGAUUUAAAGGGAAAAAAAUACGAGUGUCUGUUACCGAUAAGCGAUGGCGUUAAAUAGCGGCUAUAUUAUUAACACGUUAAUUAUGGUGAGUAAGUGAUUUAACUCAUGAAUAAUGAUAAAUUUGAGAAUAAUGUAACUCUCAAUGGAAUUGUAUGAAAUACUGUCAGCUUAAUUUAAUAAUUCAUCAUCUAUUGAAAUGCUGACUUUGAUUAUGAUAAUAACGUCGACAUCGAUUAAUUAGUGUCACGUAAAUUUUGUGAUAAUUAGAUAUUCGAUAAUCAAUAUAACGCCGCUUGUACAUUAGAAAAUAAUAAAAAAAAAAAUCACACGGACAAUAUUAUCACUACAAGAUCCGUGUGCCUUCGCAUUUCCGGUAUCUGACAUUUUUUCAUUAUUUUGUCUUGUGAUUUGUAAGAUACCUAGAUGGAUUUUUCUGAAGACUUAAUAAAGUAAAAAAGUGUUAUUCCAA